AUGAGUACUCCAUUGAAAAAUGUCUCAAAAAUUUUAUUUCCCAAAAUAUUAUCUCCAGUUUCUCCCAAAUAUUUAAAUGUGUUGAAUCAUCAUGUGAAUAAUGUUGACAGAUCAAAAUAUAAAAUAAGAAAAUGUGAUUUUCUGGAUUGUGAUCAAAUAAAAUCACCAAUAAAAAUUCACGUUAGUCCAGUAUGUGAAAAAAUUGAUCCAACUGAGGAGAAACGGGAUGUUAUUAUUAAUACACCUAACAAAUUAGAACUUCUAUCAAGGGGUUUAAAAGGGGAAAAAUACUUCAAUAUUUUGGGGCAGGGUAGUUUUGGGAAAGUGUUUAAAGCUAUGUAUAAGGAUAAAUCGGUGGCAAUGAAAUUGGUGAAAAGAUUUUGUGGGGAUCAUAGAGAGAAAAAUGCGCUAGAUUUUAAUCACCCAAAUAUUGUGAAAAUUUUAGAAAUAAUAGGAAAUGAGAAGGGAAACUUUUCCCUAAUAAUAAUGGAGUACCUUCCAAAUUGUAUAAAUUUGCAGAAUAUUAUUAACAAUUCGUUAUUUGAUAUUGAAUGUGUGCAGUAUGCGAAAGAUAUCUGUCGAGGAAUAUCAUAUUGUCACGAAAACGGUAUUCUACAUUUGGAUAUUAAACCAAGCAACAUUUUAGUUUGUCAAGGGGUGUGUAAAAUAUGUGAUUUUGGAAAUUCCGUUAAAGUGAAUGAAAACAUGAAUGAUUAUGAAUUUCAUGGAACUGUUCAUUAUGCUGCUCCAGAAAUAUUGUUGGGCAAAACACCAACUGAAAAAGCAGAUGUUUACUCUUUGGGCGUAGCAUUUUGGCAAAUGAAAACAAGAAAGUUUCCGUAUAAAGAGAUUGAUAAUAUUGAGUGUAUUAUAUAUAAGGUCGUUAAAUGGAAUUUACGGCCGGAUUUGGAGGCGCCUAUGGACAUUUUCACCAAUUUAUAUCACCAAUGUUGGAAUGAAAAUCCUAAUGAGAGACCGAAUAUCGCUUAUAUAUUACAAGUUUUGGCUACCAUUUAAAAUUUUUGUUAAAGUUAUCAUUGUUCGCGUGAAAUUUAAAUUUAAUAUUCACACAUAAAUAAAUGUUUUUUUUUUACCAUA